ACGAAAAACGGUGAAAAUUGAUCGAGAACCAGGCGUAAAUAGCGAUCCCGCGGUGGUCAUCCGUAGCCGGGCACGGUCGGUGCAGUGUUCUUUUUUGUUAGUUUCGUUUUCCGUCGAUUUGCGUGUUUUUUUCGCGUAGUGGUGCAGCAGCAACAGCAGCAGUAGCAGCACAGUAUCAUUCAUCAUCAUCAUCAUCGCCAUCAUCAGUGUCGUCGUCGCAGCAGUAGCAGCAAAAGAAACAACGGCAUCGACACUUAUCGCUAACCGUGACUUUUCCGUGCGAUCCUUACUUGGUGUAGAAGCCUAAUCCUGUGUGCGGCGAUGUGAAAAGAUGCUAUAUUCUUGUUUCGGCCGCGGUGUGGCAGCAGUCACGCAGGUAGAGAGCACCCCAUUUCCAUCAUCCGGUAGACGACGCGUACCAAACCCACCUCUCCAGCCGUAGUCCUUCUCUUCCACAUUUCGCGCGUCGUGAACUGGUACAGUGCAGUAGGUUGUGAAGAGUUAAUUUUUUAUUUUUGAGAAAGGUGUAGAGGGGGUGCGAGACAGGUGGCAGGCUUUAGUGAAUGUAGUGAGGUGGAAAAGGCGUCAAGUGGAAAAUCUGUCCGCGGAGAGAAAGUAAAUGUGGGAGUUUUCUCGUGCAGUUGGUUCUCAGCCUCGCAGUAGCAGCAAUAUUUUGGUUCGCUGACCUCCCUUUCAUACAUCGAUGGUGGCGGCAGUGGCGUGUGCGUGUGCGUGUGUUUGUGCGUGCGUGUUGAUUCGGUGUUUUCCGAAAGCCCUCUGGCGGUAGAAUCCUUCGACAGAGCUGAAGCGCUACGGUUGUGAUCGCCGUAUCCGAGCAUCCCGUGCACUGGCAAUGGUUGCUACGAUGUGUGUUCUAUGAAGCUGGCGACCACUAGUGGGCAUCUUUCAGAACACGCAGCAGCAUCUGCGAAAUCAUCUGGUGCAGACCAAGGAUCGGAACACUUUAUUCAGCUUUCGCCUGUGCAUUGACACGCAUUGUAACGAAAAGAGUGCGCGUGGUUAAUUAGAUCCGUCAAUUGCUUUGCCCCAGGAAGCUGUUGAAUAUACUCCGUGGAAGUUUACAGCAAGAAAACCUGCCGGAAAUUCAAGUUUUGUUUCGACAUACGUCUCGUCACCAGCAGUAGCAAUGAGUGAUCGAGAUGUUCCAAGCGUUCCAAUAACCACACUUGCUGGUCUUACCAGUCUUUCUGAUCUGUUGAGCGAAUUACCCAUCUCAGAUUCGCUGUCCGUAUCCGCGUCGCUAAACCGUUCGCUUCUGUUCCACCCGCGAGUGGCCGAGGAAGCGAACAAUCUGCUCGCCACACGGGAUGAUGCUCUCACUGCACAACUCGUUACCGCUAUCGAACAAACUAACUCCGAUAGCAUAGAGCUGAAGGACCAGUAUCCACAACCUACUGCUCCUGCCAAUGGCGUACCGAUCGACGGGCCGGCGCUUUUGCAGGCUAUUCAUUCCAGUAGGCCAAACGUUUUCAAAAGCCCCUACAAUCCACAAAUUCACCAAAUGUUCAGCAGUGCUGUUGCGCUAGGGGUUGGAAAUCAGCAACAGUUGGUGGCGCAGCAGCAGAAAAUAACUCCAACAUCACAGACACAGUUUUACAAUCUUCCCAACGAGAGCUAUACAAAUCUGGCGCAAUUACAACAAACGUAUACGAAUCAGCAACAAGUACCAAUCGAGCAAUUGCAAUCAGUGUUUCAAACUCAACAUGACAUGCAGCAGCUGCAGCAUCAGCAGCAGCAACUACACCAUGCACAGCAGGCUGUUCCUAACGUACAGCAACAGCAACAACAACAGUUACUGCCACAGCAAACACAGCUUCUUCAGCAACAGUUUCAAUUUGCCGCCGAUCCUAACCACAUAAUCCCUUCGCCACAAGCGACUAUUAUGCGAGGACAGCAACAAAAUGUUCUCGGCAAUUCCUUUCCCAACCUUGCUUCCCAAACGCCAACCAAUGCAGUAAUGAUCGGUCAGCAACCGCAACUGCAUCAACAGGUGAUUAAUAUACACAAUGUUCCAUACUCGUCCAAUUCUGCAGAAAACAGUCAACUGCAGCAGCAACAGCUCUUCCAACAGCAGCAGCAACAACAACACAAUCAAAAUGUGAUCGUUUCGCAUGCGUCCAACAUCGUGCAAGAUCAAUCCUUGCCCGCAUUGGAUCCGCAUCAGAGUGUGAUCCAACAGUCCGCAUCUUACACAGCUGCAAUCCAUCCGGUGGUUUCAGCACCUACCAGUAAUCAGGCGGUGCCACAGGCGACUAUGUUGCAACAAAAUCACUUAAUCCCACAACAACAGCAUCUAAAUGUGAUAAAUCAAACGAAUAAUAAUAUACACAGUGCCUCAACCCAACAGCACCAAUAUUCGCAACAACCGCAGCAGCAGCAUCUGCCAAAUCACACCCUUUUGCCGCAAGGACAGCAGUUAGCGCAAUCUCAACAGCAGCAUCAGCAAUCUCAUCUAAACAAUGGCAGCCCCGCCGUGGUCGUAUCUUCUGGAAUGAAUCAUCAGCAAGCCCUAUACCAGCAGCAGUCGAUGCCCCAUCAGCAGCCGCAGCAACAGCAGCAAUACACCAAUGCUGCUAACUUGGCGAAGCUUCCAGAAACGGCACCUCGGAACAACGAAUAUUUGCAGCAGCAGCAAAGCAAAAAUCUAGAUGCGCGAGGGCGACCAUCCCCGGCACAAGGGAGCACAGCGCCGGAAACGGUCAACACGUCAACGUCAUUGAACAUGCAACAGCAUCAUCAGGGCGGUGCUAUGAAAGGUCCGCAGCAGGCACAAACGGCACAUCGGUAUCCUACUCCUCUGUUGGGUCCCAACAAACCAAGACCUCCGGGAGCUGGUGGUGGCGGUGCUAGUCAACAAUCCAAUGCUACCACACCUGCCGCCAUACGUCCGAUCGGUGUUAGUGGAGCGUUGAUAAGCAAUGCGUCCUCUGGGGUGAUGACGAAUCGUCCCCCAGUACAAACACCGGUCCCUGCAUCUCAAUCGAGCAGUAGUACAGCAGCGAUGACACGACCAGCUCCUGCGAAACCCCAUAUCGACACAAAGCAUCUGAUGAACCGCUUGAUACCGCUGAGUGAAGUGGAAACCCUCAAGCUACCCAAAGUGAUCGUUAGCUCGGAACGGUUAACCGAAAAGCACACCAAAAUACUGCUUGCCGAUGAAGGGCUAAAGAAGUUCUUAGCCGAAGAGCCGAAAAUGGCCGCCAAAAUGGGAUUGGAAAAAAAGAGCUUCGAUCAGAUUUUCAGUAAAAUGAAAGAAGAAUCACGAGGAUCUUGGGCUCUGAAACGGAAGGCACAGGAAAGGAUCGAAGAAAACCCGGAGGAGUAUCUGAGCAAGCCGAAGGUACGGCGGGUAGAACGGCCGGCAGCACCCGUGGUGAAGAAGCUCAGCAAGGAAGAACUGAUGGCCACGAACACCUACCAGCGGUUCGUUUCGUUGAUGAACAAAAUAUUCGAUCAACUCGACGAAACGGAAACGCCUACCAUGGAGGAAGGCGACGAGCAGUACGAAUGCAUUCCUACGGGGCUGCUGAACAGCAUCAGUACCGAGGCGGCAAAGCUAAAGCUGCGAAAUGCGAUCGAUGCAAUACCCGAAAACAAACUGACCUUACUAAUUACGUACGCGAUGCGGUCGAUCCAUUCGGCGAAAAAUCUGAGCGGGUCCGAGCUGCAGGACGAUUUGGUUGGGGACGAGUGCAUUGAGAAGAUUCUGAACGCGGUCGAAGCGUCUCUGCUCAUUUGCUGUCUGUACACGAGCAAGAACACGAAAUUCCUGCAGGAAGAUAACAUCGACGCUAUCAUCAAGUUCGUGCAAUUUCAGCUGCGCGAAACGAUUUUCGCUUCGUACGAUCCGGUUUAUUCGGUGGAAACGAAAAGGAAAGCCGGCGAGGGCAAGAAGAAGAAAACGAUCACGUACCAGCAAAAAGGAAUAACGAUGCUGUACACGAAAACGGUCGAACUGUCCAAGCAGCUGGUAACGAUGUUCGAGCUGUUUCACUUCGUCGAUACGAUCGUGAUACACGCUUCAUCCCUUGGCGUAGAACCGUUUUUUGUCGACAAUAUAGAAACGUUGCAGUUCGUUUGUCUCGAUCUAGUAACGACGAUCUUUCAAAACGAAAAGUACGCACAUCAUCGGAGAAACAUCGUGUCGGACAUACUGACGUCGUUCGAUCGAUUACCGCACUCGAAACGUAACCUUCGGCCGUACAAGCUGGUCAACAACGGUGGUAACAUACAGAUGAUGACGGCUCUGGUGCUGCAGCUAAUUCAGUCUUCCGUCAUUCUGCCCGAAACACUCACACCGGACAGUAACGCAAACGCAGUUGGUACGAAACAGAGGGCCAAUAAUGUGAACAGUGCCGACGAUGGUGCGGGUGGUGGCAGUGGAAAAAGCACAGAUCUGUUCAUCUUCUCGAAGUACAACACGGCACUGAGCAUCGGUGGUAACUUUCUGACCACCUUUCUGGACAAAUGCAAAAGCCGCUCGAAUGAAACCGAUUUCCGUCCAUUGUUCGAGAACUUCAUCCACGAUCUGCUGACGACCGUAAACAAACCGGAAUGGCCAGCCGCGGAGUUGCUGCUGAGUCUGCUCGGCACGAUGCUGGUGAAGAAAAUGUCCGACAAGGGCGUCGAACAAUCGAUAAGGGUUGUGUCGCUGGAGUAUCUUGGCAUUGUGGCGGCUCGGUUACGGAAGGACACGGUCGAAUCGCGAUGUAAGGUGAAAACAAUGGAUACCCUUAUCAAGUACAUCAAGAUCGAGCAGGAAAAGGAAGGUGACGAGCCGCUGAACAACAGUAAGUUCCAGCUGGACGAGGAGGAAGAACGGACGGAGUUUUUGCAGAAGAUUUUGCUCGACUUUCUCGCUGUGAAUGCGCACGAGGGCAACGUGGUGUGGAACCAUGCGCGUCACUUUUACAUCACACAGUGGUAUCGGGAUAUGAUGCAGCGCAAGAAGAAAAUUGCUGAGGGCGAGAAAGGAUACGCAUCACGGAAGAAGGCAGCGGCGAAGAAACGGAAAAAGUAUCAAAGCGACUCGGACGGAUCGGAUGGUGCGGACGAUUCGGACGGUGACGAUGGUAACAUUCGCGAGGGUCAGGUCGAUCAGGAACUGAACAGUGAAAUCUUCCGAAUGCUGGACACGCGGAAGCAAUACUAUUUGAGUCAGGUGGCACCGUUUGGAAGGGGUGCAAGUGGUCGGUCAGGGGGCGGUUCGGUCGGUGGAAAUUACGAGAUUAAAACUUAUAUCGACUAUAGUAAUGCGAACCUGAUCGCACAGUAUCUGGCGAGCAAACGUUCCUUCUCGCAAAGCUAUGACAAGUAUUUGCAAAAGAUCAUUCUGGUCGUGCGGGAACCUGUGGUCGCGAUACGGACGCGCGCGAUGAAAUGUCUCGCAAAUAUCGUGGAAGUGGAUCAGCUCGUGCUCGCCCGUAAGGAUAUGCAGAUGGGUGUGCAGCAAAAGCUGCUCGAUACGGCCAUUUCUGUGCGAGAAGCAGCUGUGGAUCUGGUCGGGAAGUAUAUCCUGUCCGAUCACGAACUUAUUGAUCAGUAUUACGAAAUGAUUUCGCAACGAAUACUGGAUACGGGCGUUUCGGUUCGGAAACGGGUAAUCAAGAUCCUUCGAGACAUCUGCAUAGAGUAUCCGGCGCACGAGAAGAUACCGGACAUUUGCGUAAAAAUGAUCCGACGAGUGAACGACGAGGAAGGAAUCCAAAAGUUGGUCAUGGACGUGUUCAUGACCAUGUGGUUUACACCGUGCAAUGAUAACGAUAAGGCUGCAAUGGAUAGAAAAAUUACUCAGAUUAUAGAUGUCGUCUGUUCGUCGCACGAAACGGGCACACAAGGUUUUGACGCCUUACUAAAAACGAUAUUUGAACCAAAAGAAAGUAAAGAAGAUUCGAAGCUGAAAAAAGAAAUUCCUAAAACCUUGAUCAAAGCCUGCCAGCAGAUUGUCGAUGGUUUAGUGGAGGCCACGAUGCGACUGGAAGGAGCAGAGAAUACGCGGCUAGUAGGUUGCAUCACGGCAUUGCAUUUGUUUGCGAAAAUUCAGCCCCAGCUUCUAGUGAACCAUGCAAUUUCGUUGGAACCGUAUCUGAAUAUGCGAUGCCAGAACCAGAUCAUCUCGAAAUUUAUCAGCUCGAUAGCAGAAAUUCUUGAACAGGUCGUCCCACUAAUGGAUCAUCCAAGCGAGGUAUUUUUAGCAGAUCUUGAGUCACAUCUGAUGAUGCUAAUCGUCACACAAAGCCGCACUAUCGUGCUGAGUUGCGUUUCCUGUUUGUCUACGGUUGUAAACAAAAUCACAAAGAACUACAAAUUGAUUCGGGACUGUUUUUCCAAAUUGUACUAUAAAGGUCUAGUAUCGAUCAAAGACAAGCUUGCAUCGGAUCCAUCGAUUCCUAUUGAACAGUACUUCCGGCCACAAUUCCGACGCAGCAUAUUUACGGUAGGUUUGAUUAUGCGAUACUUUGACUUCCGACUACCAGAAGUGUACGGUGCGCCUAAAAGCGGCGAAGAAUCCACCAAUCAAGGUACGCACCUACCAGCAAACAUCUGCGAGGACGUGUUCGCAACACUGGCAUUUUUCCUUUCGUGUGAUCAUAGCGAAGUUUGCAAGGAAGCCCUUACCUCGAUGGGUAACUUUUGUGUGAAAAACUACGAAUAUCUGAUGAAGGUCGAGCUACGAGAUUACUACAACUAUCUCCUCACGCAAGAUAAAGUACUGACAGACAUGAAAAUAACGGUGCUGAAAAAUAUUCUCAUGUAUCUUACGGAGGCAGAAAAUCAAAUGGUGCGGAACGAUAAGGAAUGGUCGAAACAAUCGAAAACGGAGGAUCUGAAGGAAAUGGGCGACGUGUCCUCUGGCAUGGCGAGUCGUGUGAUACAGAUAUACCUGAAGGAGAUACUGCGCAGCUUUCUGCACCGAGAUUGCGGUGUGCGGAGUUGGGCGAUGCGGGUCGUCGAGAUAGUCCUGCGGCAAGGCUUGGUCCAUCCAGUACAAAUAGUUCCUUACCUUAUAUGCUUAAGUACAGAUCCGGAAAAAGAGGUGGCACACAGUGCGGACAGACAUUUGCAGGAAAUCGAUAAGCAGUACCCGGGUUUUGUAAAUAUGAAAUCGAACGCCGGUAUGCAACUGUCAUACGAGCUGCAGGAUCUAUUGCAGCGGCGAGACGAGACCAGCAUUGUACGGGGUUACCGGGUGAGGGAUCCGCAAGAACCUCCAUCAGCCAUGAACGGGUUCCUGUACGCACAGUUACGAGGAACGAAACCACAGCGACGUGGACUUAUUCAAUCGAUCACGAAGCAGUUCGAUGAAGGCAAAAUCAGCCUACGGCAAAUGUUGUAUCUGGCGGACAAUCUUGCCUACUUCCCGUACGCCGUGCAAGAAGAGCCUUUGUUCAUUAUCCAUCACAUUGAUGUGCUCAUUUCUGUGACGGGCACGAACUUGCUAGCGACGUUCCGAGAAGGAUUGAAGCCACUGCCGGGGACCGAAGCAAAUACCGAACCUAAUGCACAAAAUCCCCUCGAAGAUGAUGAUGACGAAGACCAAGAAGGAAUAUUGAAUCGACUUCCAGAAGAUACUUCCGAUUUGGAAAAUUGCAUCAGGUCAGCUCAAGGUUGCAUGCUUCUCUUAAUACUCAAACAACAUCUAAAGGAUAUUUACGGUAUCACGGAUAGCAAAAUAUCGCGGUACUCCCCAUCAGAAUCUGGCAAAAUCUACGACAAAGCCAUUCAACGAAGAUCCAACUCACUGUUCGAUCCCAAGUCAACGAUUACGUUACUGAAGGAAAACCGCAGCACUGGCGGUGUCAAGAAUGAACUGGAACGAAUCGAGCUGGUGCAACGAUACUUAGACUUCAAACAGCUUAUGCUGAGGCUAGAUCCGGAUGACCCGGACCUACUGGAUGAAGAUGAAAAACCAAACUCGGUCGCCGGAACGCCGGUGAAACAAAGCCUGCCGGCUGCAACGGCAUCAUCCGCCCAACAUAAUCACACAACAGAUGGAACAAGCAAUAAUGUUCACGUGAAUAACGUGCACAGCACUGUCGGUGGCGGCCCCCUGUCGGUUUCGCAACAGAAUGAUUAUAGCAAUCGAUCGUCUUACCACGGUGUCGUCAGCAAUGUGCCCAAGACACCGAAAACGGCAUCGAAUCGGCAACUGGCGUCGACGGCAACACGCAAAUCGGCUGCCAGUGGGCGCGGUGGUGCGAAGAAGAAGAAACGAAAAGCGUCCAGCUCCGAGGAGGAGGAAAGUGAUGCCAGUGACGAUGAUUACGAUUAAGAGCGUAACUCAUCUGCCAUCACCACCACACCCUACAUUAUCUACCAGCCAAAACAACUAACAAUAGACCACUGUUGGAUCCCUCCAUCCCCCUACCAGUGCGUUACCACUCGUUCGGAUUGCAAUCCAUACAAGUACCUCAUGCAUGCAUCCUUUUGGAAUGAUGCACUCUGUGCGGGUCUUGUGAUGAUGGAAGCAAUUAAUAUUCUACCCUUUUUUUAGCUCAUAAUAGCAUGCAUUGUAAUAGGUAUAGGGUCUGUGUUUCUUUGUUGCCCGUCUUUUUACUUCUGACCACAAAAGGUUACCGAGGUAAACCGGUGUGGCACUGUUCUAAUUGUUUAUUUAAUUUAGUUCACUUUAAAUUAUUGACUUUUUGUGUUAUUGUCCACUGUCUGCGCUAAUUUGCUUAUCCUAGCUCAGUAAUUCCUGCAUUCCUAAUUACCAUUACUAAAAGCUAUGUAUUGAGGAAAGCCUCUCACUAUUCAAUACAAGUAGAAACCGCAGCAUAACCUCUAUUGCAUUUCACUCUUUGCUUCACUUCGGUUCGUGUUACCUCCUUCUACAAAUCCCUAUCUUCCUUGUGAUUCUACCGCUAGAGCGAAAACCAGUAAAAUCUAUGAGCAUGCAUAUAUGGAACUAAAUGAAAGCAGCAAUGAAAUCAACGGUUGUUCUGAGGUUUAGUGAAUGUUGAUGAGAAUUUAGUUGAAAAGAAAGGGAAACCCCCCAAAACAAUUAUGAAAACAAAACAAUUUAUUUAAACACACGUGGAUAUCUUUCUGCUGUGAGCCAAUGGGGGACAAAAAGUUAUAGCGCUAUCUAAAAAAAUGCGCCCGCCCUAGUAACAAAAUCAAGAAGAAAAAAACAAGCCUUUCCAGUUGCAAAGGGAAGCGCAAAUGCGAGAUAAGAGUAAUUUUUUAAAAGUUUAUCAAAAUAUUUAUGAACCUGUUUGGAAGAUUUGCUAUAAAGAUCGAAACAAAAACACAAAAUGUUAGUAGAAGCAGUUGGAAUCGGGCGGUUUUUCACGGAAAACCCGUUCAUCUGGGUCAUGUGUGGGUAAUGGGUUUCCAGUGCAUACAAACGGAGAAUAUAGAAGAUAUUAAUUUAUACUGCAAAUUAAACGAAUGUGAACGAAAGUGAAUCACGGAUGAACAAUUUAGAAGAUAAAAAAUGAAAAAACGGAAAGACUUGACUGGGGUGGGUCAGAUUAGGGGUUUGGACUUAAGUGUUUAUUCUAGAUCGCGGAAGUAUGUGGUGGAUGAUUUAAAAGACGGAAAGUGCGCUGGCCAAGCCGAUGCUGCGAUAUGUGGCGGUGGAUGGAUGCAAACGAUGUUUUGUAACAUAUAUUUAAACAUCCAGUCCACAUUCGCGUCUAUUACUGAAUGAACUCGUUAGUUUAGAAGUGUAUGAUAGGAGUCAAUACUAAACACACAAGCACACAGCGGCGGCAAACACACAUGCUCCGAGAACAGUAAAAACAAUGCUGUACUCUAGAGAAUACUAAUAAUGUAAGUGAAUGGUUAAAUACCAUCCGACAAUUAUAGAUACAUACAUAUGGCGAUGUGAGAAUCGAUCUUCUAGUGCAUUCGGUAGAAAUGCACGAUUUAACAUCAAAUGCCCGUUCCGGGAUAGAAGCUCGACUUGGACCGUUUCCCCCUCGAUGAACCUAGGACAUGACUAGCCAUGCCAUCCAGCCAUGGGUACAAUAAGUCACAGAUAGGUCGCAUUGGUCCAUAAAUGUCCCAGUCAGCGGAAACCAUUGUAAAUAGUACUCGUACGAUUGUUUUUGUCUUCUAUCUUCUACUAGAGAUGAUGGUUAAGUAAAAUAAUACCAGAACGGACUGAAGUAAAUGCAAAUGUUUCGAUUGGCGUAGGAAGAGAGUGUGUGCAGCUAUAGCAGCGGAAGGCAGGGAUCUUCUGAAACUUCGCAUUGGUGUACGUGUAAUAAUUUUAAAACAAAUAUUUAAUGCAACACAUAGAAUGGUGGUAGAAUUAGUAGUAUUUGAAAAUCUUAAAGAGAGAAGCGCACUGAUGAAUAUGUGCUCGCGUGUGUUAGGGAAAGAUGAUAGCGAAAAGGCGAACAUUAUUCAUUUAUGUAGUAAAAACAGGAACAAACUACAUACAAACGGGGAGUAUUACCGCUUCGAUUCGGCAUAAACAGAAACGGAUUGGAAUGCAAAUAGUUUUACAAAGCAUGUUGUGUAAACGUGCGUGUACGAAUGAUAUGGGCGCAUUUACUGAUUAAGUAGGGUGAGAGAAUCCAUCGAAAAAAUGUCCGCGCUCCGUGUGUGUGAUUGAUCGGUGUGUGUAGCGUGUGUGUACGUAGCGCAGGUUUGUUUCAUGUAAAUAUUUGAACAAAAAGGUGGAUUGGAAGGUGAAAUUGUAAAAGAUUAAUGAGAAACCAGAUGGAUUUACAUUAGAAGACGAUUUAAAAACACAAAUCCAUUGAACCAGCGAGAAAACAAAUAUAUUUUCUCGGGAGA